UAAAAUAAGCAUUUGGGCGCGCGGGGUGAGAAUACUGGAUUUCGGCAUGCUGUGCGCGCAUGGCGCGCCUGCGUAGUGACGUUCCUUUUCAACUGUCGCCCCGUCAGCCAUGUCGGAUGAUUCAGCUUUCUGCCUCAGAUGAUGGAUGUCGAGGAACAAAUUACAGUUACUCUAACAAUUUUACACAGAGUGCUUGCAACUGUCUUCAUAGACGGAAAGGAAAUAUGGCGAAAACUAUUCACAGUUGGAAGUAUCGGAGAACUGAUAGCCUCAGCCAAAACUGAGCUGUCUCUUGACAAAUUUCAAAUACAUUAUAUUGCAAGCAACACCCAGGAUAUAUUAGAAGGAAGUGUUCAACCAUUACAGUGUCAUUCAUCAGAUGUAACUCGUACUGGCACCCCAACUGGAUUGCUUACACUGCUUGAAGAAAAAGCCCCUACAAUCCUGAGAGAACACGAAGAGACAAAGACACUUUCUAUUUCUUCAAGAAAGUUUCUUGUUAAAGUUGCUGUCAGUGACCUCGUUGAGAAACAUGGAUUCUAUCCAUUUGGUACAGAAAAGCUGGCACUAGCAAAGGAGAUUGUGUCAUUGUUCCCCUCGUUAAGGAUUCAAGUGCCCUUUGGUGAAAAUGAGGGACAUGAGCAUUUUUUUGAUGGGCCAUCACACAGUGGCUUUAUAGAGAACAUCAGACGGAAGCUUCAACAGAACCAGCGGAUGUACAGUUUGAAACGUCGUCAUUGUACACUGCAACCUUCUUUGCCGAGUCAAGAUGAAACUGUGCCAAGUGAGUGGUUGACCCUGAUAAAAAGGAUGCGACCGUCACCAGAGAAUUCAUCAUCAAUAAAGGCUGCAGUUGAACAAACCUUCAGUUACCGAAGGAAAUGGAUAACAAGCAAAUCCCCAACUGUUGCUGAAAUCUUCAAAGAAUAUCCCAGAUUUCUUGACAUGCCCGCCUUGAUGGACAUUGAAUUUUCCAAACUCACGGAUGGCAAAAACGACUUUUUUAUCCGGAAAUGGGAAGGGUGCAUAAUUCCAAAGCUGAAGCAAAUAGCAUCCUUGGAGAAGAAAAAUGACAUACAACACUUGCUGGAGAAAGCCAACAAUCAGCAAGAUGAUGAGCUGUGCUACACUAUGUUGACGAUCCUCACCCACGGCGUCUGGGAGAAGUGUUGCUGGCAGUAAAUGCUGUGUGAACUCUGCAGUCUCAUACCUGUUGGAGCAAGUGCCGGCCGGUACCUAUGGCGGGCCGGAAGGUCCAAAAAUAUGGCUACCGACUUGUCGCGGGAAUUCACUAUUCAAUUCCCAGUAGCCACUGAGUUUACCACUGAUAGGCCGGCGGUGCAUCUGUAUACACACUCUCCUCACGCAGCGAACGACUCACUUUCCUCACGCAGCUGACCACUGACUCUCCUCAGCUGCCGACUCACUUUCCUCACGCAGCGAACGACUCACUUUCCUCAGCUGGCGACUCACUUUC